UGAUUCAUAUCUCCCGUUUAGCUUGGGUACGACCAGUUCUUGUUUUCUAACACACACACACACACACACACACACACACACACACACACACACACAGCAUACUACUGAGAUACAGUUGUUACAUCCACUUUCUGAUUGGCAAGACACUAGCUGAAAGAAGCAGGUGUAUGGGUGAAGCACAACUUUAAAGCCUUGGAGAGAGCAGGUCAACAGGCAGAAACAGCGAAGAGGAUUGGGAAAAAUUGUGGAAGUGAUGAAUACCCAGUCGGCUAUGGGAAUCUCAUGUAUGACAGAAGAGUGGUUCGAGGCAACACAUAUUCUCUUCAUUCAUUACCUUGGUGCCCUGCUGAAACUGAAACUGAUCCUGUUGAGAUUCAGAAGAAACGAGAAGCCCACCGGAAAAUGCUGGCCAGAAAGCGAGCAAAGGAAGAGAGCGAAAUCCAUGCCCCUCAGGUUGAGGUUCCCCAGCUCCGGACUGAUGUGCAGACAGAACUGUACCUGGAAGAGAUUGCAGACCGCAUUAUCGAAGUUGAUAUGGAAUGCCAAACAGAUGCUUUCCUAGCGAGACCAGACAGCCCCUUGUUCGUUCCAUCAAAAACUGGGGCAGAUGUAGCUACACAAAUAGAAGAAGGAGAGCUCUUUGACUUCGAUAUUGAAGUCAGACCAAUGCUUGAAGUUUUAGUUGGGAAAACCCUGGAGCAAGCUUUGCUGGAAGUCACGGAGGAAGAAGAGCUGGCCAAUCUUCAGGGGCACCAGUUCGGAUAUCAUGAACUGCGCAACGCAGAGCUGGCUGAAGUGCAGCGCCUUGAACAACAAGAGUUACGACGGAAAGAGGAAAAGGAACGCCGUAAAGCACAGCAGGUCACCACAAAUACAAAGUCGGCAGAAGUCAAGCAGAGAAUUUCUUCUCGAGCCUUUUCUCUGCAAUACUUGUCGAACCUCAUUCCUUCAGUCUUUAAUGAUCUUCAUAAUAAGGGUUUCUUCUUCGAUAUCACAGAAAGAGAUAUUGAGAAAGAAUUCCUUCCAUAUUUGAUGGGCAGAGUGGUAAAAAGAAUAUCGUCGAACCAGCUAGGAAGAAUAAUGACUGACGGCUUAAUCAAUGACGUGGUUGGAAAGAGGUUGAAGGACUUCGCUGAAAUUCAGUCAAUUCGUCGCCAACUACGACGUCAAAAAUCGGGGAGAAAUGCUCGUUACCCUACCACUGGCAAUUAACGUGGCUAAACUCCAAAGAAGCAGGGAUCUUAAAUAUAUUCAAGAAGAUUGCACAUGUUUAUCUGGGAACAUCGACCAAAUAGUGAAUUUGUCCUGCUGAAAAUUAUCCCCGGGGCCAAUAAUAAAAUGAAAAUUACUGUUUUGGUUUGUUUCUAAUGUUGGCAAACUUGAUAAUUUAAUUACAACAACAUUGUUUGUUCUAAUCUUGAUUGUAUGCUUUGCCCUUGUUUCUCUUAUUAGUUAUUGUUAUUGUUGUAAACAACAGGAUAGCAAGCUUUUAGGGUGAGAAGAAAAUUACAUAAAUGUUGCAUGUGUAUAUUUUUCAGUACUUAGGGGGUGAGAACCAAGGCAGAUCCAAGCAGGGAUCUACUCACACAAUGGGACUUCUGCUUCUCCUUCCUCUUGCAGUCCUCCUUCAGCUCACCAAAUCUGUGCUGGACUGUUGGUGCAGAUUUUGGGGAGAUGUGGGGGGACGAGAAAUCAGAAGUCCCCGCUGUCCAAGCAAAUUUUCCUUGCCUUAGCAGGCAGACAUCACCGGAUGUUGCCCAGAGCUUUGAGUAUGCUGUUUUUAUUCAUUUUAAUAUUUUUGCAUUUUUAAUUGUUUAAAUGUUGUUUAAUGCUCUAGAAGUGCCGUGGAGAAAACGUUUCUGAAGCGUGUAAUAUAAAUCUUAUAACUGAUAAGUAGAAGCAGAUUGUACUCAUUCUUUAUAUAUGUACGUUUCAUUCAGGGGCAGCACAUGCUGUUUUGCCGCUUGAGCCGAAACAGAAAGCGCCGCCUGGCCCUGCCACUGCAGCCACUACCAUCAUACCUGCUGCCGCUGGAGCCGCUUCUCCACCUGCCCUGCCGCCUCUGCCGCUGGUGAAGCAGUGCCAUCAUUGGCAUCAAUUUUGGGUCAGAUCUCACCUGAUUGGGCUGAAAUGAGUGCUGUUGCUGCGCUGGCGGCCGGGCAGGUGGGGCCCCUGCAGGACUGUUGCCUUGGUGGCUGCUUCUGCCUAAGAUAGUCUGUCUAAUGAUUGAGCCGGCUCUGGUUUCAUUGUGCAAAGAGAAUUAAAAUGCAU